AUGGAAAGAUAUAGAGCAGGCCAAUGGAGCAUUGAAGUAGAAAGGGGUCGCUUACUCCGCUCAGACGAAACCCUUACACUCAAUCGUCAAACUGGUAUAAAAAUUCCCCAAACAUUUUAUGGAAACAGCUUUGUUUCUUUUAAAAACACUGAUCUUGGAUUCAAUUAUUUUAUAUCUUCAGAAGCAGCAUUGCAGCUUUGUGAGCCUGAACUAAGAAAUGAAAAACUAUAUAGAGAGGGUAAUUUAUUGCAUGACCACAUUAAUAUUGUUCCUCGACCAAUUAAAAAUCCAAGUUUGAAUCUUAAUACAAAUGGAACAAGAACAGACUGAACUUUUUCAACGCCUUAUAAGGGAAGCUUAAGGCCAGUUUAUCCGAGAAAAGAUCUACCUGAAAAUGUGAUUUUUCAAAUUUCUAAUGACAACCUUCCUUUGCAUCGACUUGGACAAGAUAAUCCAAUAUUAUGAAGUUCAGAGUUAAAAUUUUAUGAGGAUUCUUUAGAAGAAAUAGGGGUCUCAACCUUUUAUAUGAGAGUUCGAGCAAUGCAAGAUUGCUUCUAUGCUCUGCUAAGGUGCUAUGUUAGAAUUAAUCAUUCUUUGGUAAGAAUAUUGGACACACGAAUUUUUCAUGAAUUUGAGAGCAAUAAAAUUCUAAGAGAAUUUCAGUUUCGGGAAGGUUCUUUUGAUGAAAUCAAUGCCAAUGGAUUUGAGUUUUCUCCUGACUGGUAUUCAAAUUCACGACAAAGUGACAUUAUUUUUCAAUAUUUACCUGUCAAAAUGUUAUUUAAAGAUUCCAUAAUAUAUAAUGAAAAUAACAAGAAUUAA